GGAAAGGAUCGAGAAACGCGGUGGGAACUGAAAGCCAUUUUCUUCCUACGAAGAAUUUUCAUCAGUGCAGGUUACUACUGGAAGAAGAAAUGGCCAGUGAUACUCCAUCAAACAGUAUACCAGGUUACUUCAUGGAAGAACUUAAUAAAUACCGUCAGAGAGAGAAUGUGGUACUUGAGUAUCGUGAAGUGACUAAGUCAGGACCUGCCCAUAACCUAAGGUUUACAUUUCAAGUUAUAAUAGAUGAGAGAGAAUUUCCAGAAGCUGAAGGUAAAACAAAGAAGGAAGCGAAAAACGCUGCUGCCAAAUUAGCUGUCGAGAUACUUAAUAAAGAAAACAAGGGUGUUAGUCCUUUAUCAUUGACAACUACAGAUACUUCAGAAGGCAGUAUUGGGAAUUACAUAGGCCUUGUUAAUAGGUUGGCCCAGAAGAAAAAAUUAACUGUAAAUUAUGAACAGUGUGAAUCAGGGGACCCUACAAGAUUUCAUUAUAAAUGCAAAAUUGGGCAGAAAGAAUACGGUAUUGGUAAAAGUUCUACUAAACAGGAGGCAAAACAGUUGGCUGCUAAACUUGCUUAUCUUCAGAUAAACCCAGAAGGAAGCUCUAAGAAAUUUGACUCAGCAUUAUCCGAUUCUUUUACUUCUCCGAGUAACUUUGGAAGCAUGUCUUCUAACAAUAGCAUGUGUGCUUCUGAAUCAUCAUCUGAAAGUGACUUUUCAGCAAAUGCACCAAUAAGUCAUAACGAUGACAAUGUCAAAAAUUCUUCUUGUUCGCUGAACGGUCUCAUAAAUAAUCAAAAGAAGGUAAGAAGAAAGUUGGCACCUAGAUUUGAUCCACCUGAGAUGAAUGGAAGCAAGUAUACGGUGAACGACAGGUUUGCCAAGGAUUAUAAGGAAAUAGAACCAAUUGGCAAAGGUGGAUAUGGCCAAGUUUUCAAAGCAAAACACAGAAUUGAUAAAAAGACUUACGUUAUCAAGCGUGUUAAAUACAAUAGCGAGAAGGUGGAGCGGGAAGUGAAAGCACUGGCAGGCCUCGACGAGCACGAGAAUAUUGUUCGCUACCAUGGUUGUUGGGAUGGAGAGGAUUAUGAUCCUGAGACCAGUGGUUACGAUACUGAGACCAGUGACUAUGAUUCCAAGAAGAACGCAAAUCAUUUAGGACGAACGACUAGGUGUCUUUUCAUCCAAAUGGAAUUCUGUGAUAAAGGGACAUUGGAACAAUGGAUUGAUAACAGAAGAGGCAAGAAACCGGAUAAAGCAUUGGCUUUGGAAUUCUUCGAACAAAUAACAAAAGGAGUGGAUUUUAUACAUUCAAAACAGUUAAUUCAUAGAGAUCUUAAGCCAAGUAACAUAUUUUUAGUAGAUAAGAAAAAAAUAAAGAUCGGAGACUUUGGACUUGUGACAUCCCUAGAAAAUGAUGAAAAACGAACGAGUAACAGGGGAACUAGGCGAUACAUGAGCCCAGAACAGAUUUCUUCACAAGAAUAUGGAAAAGAAGUGGACAUCUAUGCUUUGGGGUUAAUUCUUGCUGAACUUCUUUACAUAUGUGACACUUCUACAGAAACAGCUAAGAUUUUCAUCGAUCUAAGGAAUGGCUUGGUUCCAAAUGUAUUUGAUAACAAAGAAAAAUUACUCUCAAAGGAUCCCAAGGAGCGACCUAAUACAUCUGAAAUCCUGAACACCUUGUCUUUGUGGAAGGAUGUCGCAGAGAAAAAGAAACGAAACACGUGUUAGGGGCCUUCUGCAAAAGUUCCUGCUUCUGACAUAUGAUUUUCCUUUAAUCAGCUGAAAAAUGUGCUCGGCAAUCUGUCUCAGUAUCAAAUUACCUUUUAUUUUCAUUUUUUUCCAUUAAUUUUUUACUUCGAAAACAUGCUGUUUUCAUGUGAAAUCCGCAAUAUUUUAUUUGUUAAAAGUGAACAGUCUAAAUGUAACUAAAUGAGUAGACCUAAAUGUAACUUUUCCCCAAAACACAGUAUUAAGCACUUCAUUAAAUACAAACUUUCAUUUUAGGGUGCAGUGCAUCAAUGUUUUGCAUACAUUUUGAUGCAAAGUAAUUUUUAAGUUGCAUCCUGAAAAACAUUUUUUUUU